AUGGAUCCAAAUGCUGCUGGUGCUGCUGCCAAUAUCUCUUCCGAAACUGCGAAGGGUAUCUUCCACGUAGCAAAACGACAUAUCAGAUAUGUAAUUUCCUACCAGAGAUACGUCAAGAAUUUCGAGGAAAAACUUCAGAAGUUGAUUGAGAAAAGAUCAAGCGUGCAGCAAGAUAUUGUUGUUGCAGAAAGGAACGUGCAGAAGAUUAAAGCGGAUGUGAAAGGUUGGUGCGAUAGAGUGGACAAGGUUAUAGCUGAAGACCAGCAUAAAGUGGAUGAUCUUCAAGUCAAAGCAAUCAACAAGUGCUUUUUUGGCUUCUGUCCCAACAUCAAGUCUCGACACAUGCUUACCAGGAAAGCAGAAGAAGAUGCCGCAACUUUUGAUGAGCUUAUCAAAGACUGUCAAUUUAACAGCGUGGGCUACCAUGAUCUUCCACAACUCAUAGUGGAUACAGACUUUGAGGCCUUUCAAUCAAGGGAAAAGGUUAUCGAUGAUAUCAUGGAGUCACUGAAAGAUUCUACUGUGAGCAUGAUCGGAGUGUACGGGAUGCCUGGCGUGGGAAAAACAUCACUAGUCAGAGAAGUUCAUAGACAACUCCAGGAGGCCAAGUCAUUUGACUGGGUGGUUAGGGUCACUGUAUCUCCGACACCUGACAUUCAGAAAAUCCAAGACGAAAUAGCAGUCUUUGGGUUGAAGAUCGAAGAAAAGAGUAUAGUUGUAAGAGCCAGUAGAUUACGUGAAAGGUUAAAUCAAGGGAAGAAUCAGGAGAAGAGGGUUCUUAUUAUUCUGGAUGAUAUUUGGAAGAAACUGGACCUGGAGGAAGUAGGAAUUCCAUUUGGAAGUCAACAAAAAGGAUGCAAGAUACUGUUGACAUCUAGAAAUAAAAAUGUUCUAAGCAAUGGGAUGGGUGCUACCAAGACCUUUCAGCUUGGUGAUUUAGAGGACAAAGAAGCCUGGGAGUUUUUUAAGAAGAUGACCGGGGACAGUUUUGAAAUUGAUAAUGAGCUUCGAUCUACAGCCAUUGAGGUAGCCAAAAGAUGUGCGGGAUUGCCGCUCGCCAUUGCAACAGUUGCUAGGGCGUUGCAAAAACAAAGUUUAUCUGUUUGGAAGGAGGCUUUACGACAACUACAAAGGCCUUACUCAGAAAACCCAAGCGAGAUAUCUGCCGAGGUAUAUUCUGCUAUUGAAUUGAGUAUCAAUCAUUUACGGGGUGAAGACCUCAAGCAGGUUUUCCUGCUUUGCAGUCUAUUGCGUCGUGAUGCUAACAUUGAAGAUUUGUUGAGAUAUACAAUUGGUUUGGGUUUAAUUAAGGGAGUCGACACCGUGAAAGAAGGACGUAAUGCGUUGUUAACAAUGACGAGUACCCUGAAAGCAUCUUGUUUGUUGCUCGAUAGUGACAACAAUGAUCAAUUCUUUGGUGUGCAUGAUCUUACUUAUAUUGUGGCAAAAUCAAUGGCUUCCAAGGACAAGCAGGUGUUUGCCUUAAAAGAAGAUGAUAUUCUGACGGAAUGGCCAAAUGAAGAAUCAAUGAAAAAGUGCAACAUGAUUUGUUUGCAAUAUCCUAAUCUCAACAGGCUUCCUGACAAUUUGAAUUGUCCACAGCUUUCUCUAUUCCUUUUGUGUGGCAAGGAUCUUUCCCUGACGUUGUCGGAUGACUUCUUCAAGGAAGCAACAAAUCUUAAAGUAUUAGAUUUGACUAGUAUGCGAUUUUCUUCUUUACCUUCAUCAAUUUGUCUACUAACAAGCCUCAGCACAUUGUGCCUCUAUCACUGCAAACUGGGAGAUAAUAUUACCAUUAUUGGAGAGCUAAAGAGCUUGGAAAUUCUUGGCCUUUUGAAAUCUGAUAUUAGAUUUCUACCAAAAGAAAUUGGGCAACUGGUGAAGCUAAAGUUGUUAGACGUGAGUCGUUGUGCUAAGCUCAAAACAAUUUCAGACGGUGUGUUGUCAAGUUUGUCAAGAAUAGAAGAAUUAUAUAUGGGUGGGACUUCUAUUCAAUGGGGAGAAAGCAGUGCCACUCUUGCUGAUCUACAGGCACUGUCUCGUUUGUCCACUUUAGAAGUUCAAAUCUUGGAUGCUAAGGCGGCACCACACGACUUCUUUCAAGAGUUGCAGAAAUUGGAAAGAUACAAGAUUUUCAUAGGAAAGGAAUGGGAGUGGGAGCGGUUUCGCAGCUACCGAUAUUCAAGAACCCUAAAACUGAGGCUAAACACAGGCAUGGAUGAUUUGGAUAUUGGAAUUAAGAAGUUGUUGAAAAAAACUGAAGAUUUACAUUUGGAUGAACUCAAAGGCGUGAAGAUUGCAUUGCGGGAGUUAAUAGAUGAGGAAAGCAUAUCGCAGUUGAAGAAUCUACAUAUCCAAAAUGGUUUAGAUACUGAAUACAUUAUCAAUGAUGAGUACGAGUUUCCUCAAUUACAGUCCCUGACACUGCAUGAUAUUCCUAAGCUCAUUAGCUUUUGCCCUCAACACGAAACCGGUGCUACCAGCUCAUUACCUCAACAUGAGUUGCCACUUUUCAGUGAUAAGAUAUCGUUCCCUUCCUUGGAGAAUUUGUGGCUGAAGUCGAUUAAUGUUACAAGGGUAUGGCACAACCAACUUUCAAGUACAUCUUUCUGCACUUAUGAGAAGUUGACAAGAUUGAAAAUCGAGGGUUGUGGAAGCUUAAAACACCUGUUGUCAUUUUCUAUGGCUAAAUGUCUAGUGCAUAUCACAGACUUUGAGAUAAUUGGGUGUUACUGCUUAAGAGAUAUCAUUUUCAUGGAGGAAAUAGAAGAAGAAACCGAGGCUGCUACAACUUUAUCAUUAUUUCCUCAAUUAAAGUCCUUAGAGUUGAAGGAUCUUCAACAUCUGAUUGGAUUUUGCUCUGACUAUCAGAUUCAAGUUGUUGAAUUUCCGGCCAUGAAGUCACUGACGGUAAACAACUGUCCAGAAUUGGAGGGUUUCAUAUGCAGAUCUUCAAUGGAAGGCAACCAACGCAUUUGUAGUCAUGUUCUGUUCGACAAUAAGGUUGCAUUUCCCAGUUUGGAGGAAAUGAGAAUUUCCUUCUUGACAAAGUUGAAGAUGGUAUGGGAGAACCCACUUCCACCAAAUUCAUUUCCCAAACUAAGAGAAAUCAGCAUUGAUGACUUACCAAACUUGAAAUAUAUUUGGAAAAACGGUCCCAAAGACAUUUUUUCAUUUAAAAAUCUACAUGGAAUAUCUGUGGAGGAUUGUAAGAGUCUGAAGAAUGUAUUUCCAGCCUCAGUAGCCAGAGACCUCGCACAACUCAGUGGUCUUAGUAUAAUCGGUUGUCCAGUGAAGGAGAUUGUUUCUAAAGUAGAGGAAGGAUUGGAUUCGGGAACCACCAUCACUUUCGAGUUUGAUCAGCUGUCUUACCUUUCGCUACGUUGGCUACGAGAAUGCAAAUGUUUCUACCCGGGUAGGCAUACCACAAAGUGGCCAAUGUUAAAAGAGUUACGAGCAUACGAGUGUGGGGAAAUGAAGAUAUUUGGUACACAACUCAUCACUCACAACCAACAACUCGACUCCCAACCACCACUUUUCUUGGUUGAAAAGGUCAUCCCUAAACUACAACGUCUGGAAAUCAGUGCUGAUUACAUUCCAAUGAUAAGUGGUGGUCAAUUGCCAAACAAUCUUUUCCAUCAAAUAAAAGCUUUUAGGGUGCUAGGCAACUGUGAUAAACCAGUUACUGAUUUCCAAAUUUCUUUCCUUGAAAGAUUCUACAAUCUAGAAGAGCUUUGUAUCACUUGUGAAAUCAAAGAGUUAUUCUAUACUGAAGGAGAUACUGGUAAUAAAGGGACGUAUGAUAGGACACUGUCAACAAUUAGAAAAAUAACACUGUCACAGCUUGAUAAUCUAAAACGCUACUUAUGGAAGCAAGACGUACAAGUGGACCGCAUUCUACCCAACCUUGAAACUCUUGAAGUUCACUAUUGUAGGAAUCUGAUGAGCUUAGGAUCAUCCUCAGCAUCGUUUCAAAAUCUCACCACCUUGAAGGUGUGGGAAUGCGAACGAAUGGAAUACUUGUAUACAUGUCUAGCAUUGCAGGGUCUGUCUCAACUCAAAAAACUGAUCAUAAGAGAAUGCAUUUCAAUGAAGAAAAUAGUUGGAAGUGAGGAAGAUGAAACAACGUGCGACAUUAUAUUCAGCAGGUUGAAAAGUUUGGAACUUGUGAAUCUACCACGACUUAAGAGCUUUUGUUCAGGCAACCACACAUUUGGAUUCCCAUGUUUAGAGCAAGUGAUAGUGAGUAGCUGUCCUGAGUUAGAGAUAUUUUGUAAGGGAGUUUUAAAUGCGCCGUUGUUGCACGGUGUAGAAUAUGGAAAAGGUAAAGAACAUUGGAGUGGUGACCUUGACAGCACUGUCCAACAGUUGCAUUCAAAAAAGGUUGGGUAUCAAGGCAUCAGUCAUUUGAUCCUUUCCGAAUUUUCCAAGUCAAUAUGGAAGGAGAAAAGUGUAGAUUUCAAGAACCUCAAAUUUUUUGAAGUUGAGUGUAAUAGCUUGAAAUACAUAUUUAGCGUUUCCAUGGCCUUGGAACUUGUGCAAUUGAAAGAUAUAAGAGUGAAAAGAUGUCCCGUGAUGGAGUACAUUAUCAAGAAAGAAGCAGAGGAAACUGCGAUGGAUACAGUCUGCUUACCAAAUCUUGAGAAGAUAAGACUGGAGUCAUGUUCAGAUUUGAAAAGUUUUUGCAUGGCAGGUAUUACUCUGCAUUGUCCAUCUUUGAGAAGAAUUGAAGUAGAUGACUGUCCAAAGAUGUACGCAAUGGCAUGUACAAGGAAGAUCUGUAUGCGUUUAUCAUCACAAGCGUACAUAAUUCAUGCAAUGAGGAUUGUGGUUGCAGGUUUUGUGUGCCAAGUUGGACUGGUUACAGCUAUCAUCGACUAA